GUCUGGAGGCGGAGGUGGGAUUUUAGCUAGCGUCCAUCUUCAGCUACAUCACAGUGAGCGAGCUUGUCGAAAAGAAAACACAAUUUGGAAGUAAAGAAGACUUUCUGGAAUUAGUUCUGGCUCUAUUUGAAAAAAAGACAAACGAAAGCCCAUACCCUAGCUAACUCGGUGACAGACGGAAUGUGGACAUUGUCGUAGUCAGAGCCAUGGCUGACAAGAGAAAACUUCAAGGUGAGAUCGACAGAUGUUUGAAAAAAGUAGCCGAAGGUGUAGAACAGUUUGAAGACAUCUGGCAGAAGCUCCAUAAUGCAGCAAAUGCAAACCAGAAGGAAAAAUAUGAGGCUGACCUCAAGAAAGAGAUUAAAAAGCUGCAGCGGUUGAGAGAUCAUAAAACAUGGGUCGCCUCCAACGAGAUCAAAGACAAACGGCAGCUAGUGGAGAACCGCAAACUCAUAGAAACGCAAAUGGAGCGGUUCAAGGUGGUGGAACGAGAAACAAAAACAAAAGCGUACUCUAAAGAAGGCCUGGGCCUCGCUCAGAAAGUGGAUCCAGCUCAGAGGGAGAAGGAGGAAACGGGACAGUGGCUAACGAACACGAUAGACACUCUAAACAUGCAGGUGGAUCAGUUUGAGAGCGAAGUGGAAUCUCUUUCUGUUCAGACGAGGAAGAAGAAGGGCGACAAGGAGAAGCAGGAUCGUAUCGACGAGCUGAAGCGGCUCAUCGAGAGGCACAGAUUCCACAUCCGCAUGUUGGAGACCAUCUUACGGAUGCUGGACAACGACUCUGUGCCGGUGGACGCCAUCCAGAAGAUCAAGGACGACGUGGAAUACUACAUCGACUCCUCCCAGGACCCCGACUUUGAGGAGAACGAGUUCCUGUACGACGACCUGGACCUGGAGGACAUCCCUGCAGCGCUGGUCGCCACGUCUCCGUCGGGUCAGGGCAACGUGGAAGACGAGAUGUACCUCCACUCCAGCAGCACUCCCACCUCCACCACCUCCUCCUCCCCCAUCCCUCCAUCCCCGGCCACCUGCACCGCUGAGAACUCAGAGGACGAUAAGAAAAGGGGACGGUCGACAGACAGUGAAGUUAGUCAGUCUCCUGUGAAGAACGGCACCCCCUCCCUGCUGUCCUCCUUCUCCUCCUCCACCACCUCUGGCUCCUCCUCGUCCUCCUCCCUGGUGUCCAUGGCCAGCGUGGUGGGGGGGAUCCCGGUGGUGCCGACCAGCAGCAGCCUGAUAGGAAGCUUCAGCAGCGCCGUGCAGCAGCAUCAGCACCCAGCGGCCCAGCAGCAGCCGCCCCAGCCGCCCAGCCAGCAGCAGCAGCCGACUCCAACCAAACCCUCUGCCCCCUCCAACACCCCCAGCCCCCCCAGCAACCCCCUGCUGCCGGCCUCCACCGCCCCCUCCCUCCCCACUCCCAGCACUCCCAGCUCGUCGGCUCCCAGCUCCCAGUCCCAGCCCACGCCGGGCCUCAGCUCGGCCUCCAGCCUGGGCCUGGGUCUGGGCCUGGGGCUGGGGCUGAGCAAAGGCGGCCUGACGGGGACCAGCAGCGCCGCCCAGAUGCCGGGUCUGGGCCUGGGGGGCCACCCCGCUCCUCUGAACACGAUGGCGGGGCUCAUUUCGGGCUCCACGCCGGCUCCCUACGCUCAGGCGGCAGCGUCUGGAGGUCUGGGUCUGAGCAGCAGCACCCAGUCCAGCAUCUCAGCAGAGAGCAGCUCCUCCAUCCCCACCUCCGGCUCCAGUGGAGUCACCACCAACGGGGCGGGGGCCGGCCUGGGCCUGCUGGGCUCCAGCCCGGCCCACGGCUCUCUGAGCAGCAGCAUCCUGGGUCUGGUUCCAGGGCAGACCGUCGGCUCCGGUUCCUCCCAGGUUCCUCCCAGCUCUGUCAGCUCCACGCCCGGGGUGGUGGGCAUGAUGGGGGGCAGCGGGGGGACCGUGGUGGGAGGAGUCAGCGCUGCUCCGGCCCGACCGCCCAGCGGACUGAAGCAGAACGGAAGCACAAGUUACAGCGCCGUCGUGGCAGAGAGCUCCACAGAAUCUGCUCUAAGCACACCGAGCCAGUCUCAGAGCAGCCAGCCCUCGUCCCUCAGCUCCUCCACCAGCCAGCCGAUGGACAAUGGUCCCAGUUUAAUCAGCUCCAUCACGCUGCCUCCCAGCUCUCCGUCCCCGUCCUUCUCAGACAGCACACCGGGCGGAGGGAGUCUCCUCAACGGGCCCCACUCCUACACUCAGGCCUCCGAGGGCCUCAAGGCUCCGGAGCCUCUCAGUUCUCUGAAGGCGAUGGCAGAAAGAGCAGCUCUGGGAUCAGGUCUGGAUGGAGAGAUUCCCAACCUGCAUCUAACAGACAGAGACAUCUUCUCCAGUUCCUCGGCGGCUCCUGGCACUCCCGCUGCCCCUCAGCCGUCCGUGUCGGAGGUCAGCAUCCCCCCGUCGCUGGGAGUGUGUCCUCUGGGCCCGACCCCGCUGCCCAAAGACCAGCUGUACCAGCAGGCCAUGCAGGAGUCGGCCUGGACCCACAUGCCUCACCCCUCUGACUCCGAGAGGAUCAGGCAAUACCUGAUGAGGAACCCAUGUCCCACUCUGCCCUUCCACCAUCAGAUACCACCACACCACUCAGACUCCAUCGAGUUCUACCAGAGGCUGUCCACAGAAACUCUGUUCUUCAUCUUCUACUAUCUGGAGGGCACCAAGGCUCAGUAUCUGUCUGCCAAGGCUCUGAAGAAGCAGUCGUGGAGGUUCCACACCAAGUACAUGAUGUGGUUCCAGAGACACGAGGAGCCCAAGACCAUCACUGAUGAGUUUGAACAGGGCACUUACAUCUACUUCGACUAUGAGAAAUGGGGCCAGAGGAAGAAGGAGGGCUUCACCUUCGAGUACCGGUACCUGGAAGACCGAGACCUGCAGUGACGGAGGGACGCAAAGGACGGAGAGACAAAACGUGCUGCUGUUGACAUUCCGAGACUGAACUCCAAACUGUGGAUAGAGAUUGUGAUGUGUAGUAGAAACCCUCUCCUGAAGCGGAGACCGGUGUCUGUAUAGGCUGCAUCUCGACGCGAAGCCCUCGCCGCUCGUGUCGCGCUUUGCUUUUGACGUUGAAAAAUCGCCCCGUGGGUUCGGUCAAACGCCGGGCGCUGCACCAGCCGGGAGGCUUCCCGCCGGAGAUCUGCGUUUGUGCCUGUCUGUGUGCACACUCAGUAUGUGGCAUUAGGAAAGCCUACCCCAUGCAUGUUUUGUUUUCUUUUUCCGUUUAGUCAUGAUUCUCUGUACCACCGACCCGACACGAGCCCGGAAGCCUUCCACACAAACAACCUGCCCCUCCUGUAUUUACUGUAAUCUGGUGGUUUAGAACCGGGACGGACGUUUAGGAACGGCUUCUUUUAAGACCCUACGAUGCCUGUUUGAACACGGUCACUAUUAGAGGUAUAGUGAGCAGAUAUCAAUAGUUUUAUUGAUAUUGUCUUGGUCGAUUAAAACGCUGAUUGAGAGUGACCACAGGGCCUCUCCCUGUGACGGGGAAAGAGUCCUUAUUGGACAAGGAUUAAAUUGCUAUGCAAUUGAACUGGUCUCUGACUCCCUCUCUUUACAAAUGAAAUGUUUUUGAGUUGACCUGUCAGAAAUGCAUUAUUAUGGCGCCUUCAUGUUUGUGACAAAUUAAUAAACUUGUAAAAUAAACCUUUAAGAGAAAAAGCAAACCGUUAGAGCUGAAUGAUGUUUGAUUCUGUCAGCAGAAAGGCCACGCUGAGCGUAGUGAAUGUACACCUCUAAACACACAGGUAGCAUCAGAUCAUCUGCUCCGGUCCACCUUUAGUUCAGCUUAUCUUCUGUUAUUCAUCCUCAGCACCCCCGCUCAAACCCUCCGCCUUGUAUUUAAGUGAAACCCUAUACAGUGAAUGUGCACUGACCAAACUGUUUACAUGUAGAGUUAAACCAGAAGCCCUGAAGCUCCAGCGGUGGGUUUGAGCGGUGGUGGAGCAGGAAGCGUCUCGUUCAUGUGUGACCCUGGAGAUAAACGGAGCGUUCAAAGUGAAAAAAAUGGAAAAUGCAGCAAAGUUCUGAGAAAUUUGCCUUUUAUAGAUUCUAUUUUUUGGGCUUUCGAGGUUUUCAGAAAGGGAAGGUCAGUUGAGAAAUUGCUAAAAUGUGAAUUUCAAGACGUAUUUACAAUUUUUUCUCAUCACAGUUCUGCAUGGGAGAUGUCAUAAACGGGGUUAUAACAGGAUUGUAAAAUUUCAAUAAAUACUUUUAAGAAAUUA